AUGUCUCACAAAAUUCUCCCUUUUUCUCACAAAAGCCGCCCUCCCAGACAAGAACGUCUCGUUCUCACCCGCUCUCUCGCCCUCACGACGUUCAUAGGAGCAUUCGCGCUGCUCGUCCCGUCAACCGCCGCCGCGCUGAAGCUCGGCCCGUAUAUUCCGCCGGGCGCCACGGACAACCGCGGCCCGUGCCCGGGGUUCAACACGAUGGCGAACCACGGCGUCUUUCCGCGCGACGGCUCCGCCAUUCCGCGCAAGCGCAUCGUGAACGCCUUCCGCAAGUUCUACUCCUUCUCCCCGACCGUGACUAACGCGCUGAUCAACGGCGCUUUCUCGGCAGGUGUGGGGGAUCGCGCGGCGGGGACAAUCGACCUUGUGCAGCUCCGCGCGCACAACAAGCUCGAGCACGACGUGUCGCUCGUAAGCGACGACGCUUACCUCGGUAACAACUACCUCGUUAACAAGACGCUCUUCAACCAGAUGCUUAGCUUCUCUUCGACAAAAAAAUAUAUCACUCUUCGCGAGAUUGGCCGCUUCCGCAAGCACCGCUUUUACGGCUCCCAUAAGAACAAUCCCCAGCUUAGUUACGACACGAAUCGCGAAGCCGUGGCGUUUUCCGAAGCAGCGGCGCUGGCAGGGGUGUUCGGCGGAAGGCUGCGCUUUUACGCGGUUCCGAUUAGCUACCUCAAGUCGUUUCUCCGAGAUCACCGCUAUCCCAAAGGCUUCAGGCCGCCGCUUGUUCCGCUGAGCUUCCCCGAGCUGCUCGCCGUUGCGGCGCGCAUCAAGGUCGCCGCUUUUUUCGCUUGA